UCACCACCGCGUUUUGACUCUUGUUUGCGCGUGUGAUUUGCCGCCCCUUUUCGCGAAAAAUUUCGAUCCUCCCAGAACUCGCGGCUCGUGAAACAAGUAAACUGUCAGUCUAUUUUACUCGCUUUUUGCGGUGUGGUGUGACUCGCGGUGUCGUGAUUGCUGGUGGUGAUCCGGACGAAUUCCGGUCGUGCUUUCCCCUGUGCUUCGUUCUGGUGUAGUGAUUUCCUGAAAUUAUUGUUCCCUUUCCGAACAAUCUGGUGCAAAAAUCGGGCUACAUUUUCGUCGUCGUUUGCCAUUUCGUAGUAUCAUUCAAACGUUUCGUAAUAAUUUCACGGUGGCUCAAAUUAUUACGUUUGUCUCAUUCGCGUGACCUCUUCGUCGUGUGUGUGAAAGAACUGAAAAAUUCGAUUUAUCGCUCGGUUUUGUAAUCUCCGACUGACAAAAAAGGUGUUUCGAGUUAGUUCCAUAUCCGGUUUUAUUUGCACAUAUCCCGCCUACUUGGUUUAAGCUAGAGGGUAACGAUGUCCGAGGUGAUGAUGAACGGUAGCAACAACAAUCAUAGCACCUUGGCAAAAAAUCACAAGGAAAUGCACCAGCGUUGCCUGAAUCCGUAUCGCUCAAAGGUGACAGUGGUGCUCGGAGCCCAGUGGGGUGACGAGGGCAAGGGCAAAGUGGUGGACAUGCUGGCCACCGAAGCGGACGUCGUCUGUCGUUGUCAGGGAGGAAACAAUGCAGGACAUACUGUCGUGGUCAAUGGAAAGGAUUUCGACUUCCACCUGCUACCCAGUGGCAUCAUUAACGAAAAAUGCACAUCAAUUAUUGGCAACGGCGUCGUUAUACAUCUGCCCGGAUUGUUCGAAGAGUUAGCCAAAAACGAAGCCAAGGGACUGAAGGACUGGGAACCCCGACUGGUUAUUUCGAAUCGAGCCCAUUUGGUGUUUGAUCUGCAUCAGCAUGUCGACGGCUUGCAGGAAGCCGAGAAGGGAGGCAAAUCACUGGGAACCACCAAGAAGGGUAUCGGUCCAUGCUAUUCGAGCAAAGCUACGCGCAACGGCAUUCGAGUGUCGGACCUGUUGGGCGAUUUUAAGGUGUUCAGCGAAAAGUUUGAAUCACUAGUUAACAUGUACAAGAGGCUAUUCCCCAAUUUUGAGGUCGAUGUGGCAUCCGAACUCGCAAGAUACCGCGACUAUGCCGAACGGUUACGACCAAUGGUACGCGAUACCGUUUCGAUGGUGCACGGAUCGCUCAAAGAGGGCAAAAGUGUCCUAGUGGAGGGUGCCAAUGCCGCUAUGCUGGACAUUGACUUUGGCACCUAUCCAUAUGUAACAAGCAGCAAUUGCAGUAUCGGCGGAGUACUUACUGGGUUGGGUUUGCCUCCGCAAACCAUUGGAGAAGUUAUCGGUGUAGUUAAAGCCUAUACUACGCGUGUCGGAGAUGGACCGUUCCCGACAGAGCUACACGAUGAAAUUGGAUCGUUACUGCAGCAGCGUGGCGGCGAGAUUGGAGUCACAACAAAGCGAGUACGUCGAUGUGGCUGGUUAGAUUUGGCACUGCUACGAUAUACGGGCAUGGUGAAUGGAUACACCUCGAUUUGUCUCACGAAACUGGACAUUUUGGAUACCCUUAAGGAAAUUAAGGUGGCUGUGAGUUAUAACUUGCGCGGUGAAAAAAUUGACUACUUCCCGGGUUCCAUCACCGACCUGGCCCAAGUUGAGGUCAAUUACAUCACCAUGCCGGGCUGGCUCAAGUCAACGGAGACCGUACGCGACUUCAAGGAACUCCCACCGGAGGCGCAAGACUACAUACGACUGAUCGAGAAUGAUCUGGGCGUGCCGGUUAAAUGGAUCGGCGUCGGCAAGGGUCGUGAGUCGAUCAUCAACGUGGAAGAUUAAUGAUGAUUCUGUUGUUGAAAACCCUUUCGAUGUAAGUCACGUACCCGUUGUGUGUUUGUAUGUUCGUGUGUAUGUGGUAAAAUUGAAGAAAACAGUCGAACCCGAUUCUGUUUUUUUACACGGGGAUGCAUGCCGUGUAGGAAAUUUCGUUUUAUUUCGUGAAUCCAUGUAGAUAUUACAUAUUUCGAAUAAACAGAUUUAAUUAAAGAAAGUGAAAUGUUCAAUUGGGAGGAAUGAUCGGGAAUCUUAUCUACGGAUUUCUUUCAUGGCGCGGAAGAAACCUUCAAUCUCAAAAGUUUCAAGAUAGCAUGAUCUUAUCGUUUCCAAUUGUUUUGUCUGAAUCUUCGCUUGUUCAAAAGUUAUGAUCAUUUAGUUUUAAUUAUUAAGCCUUUUCUUCUUGCCUCCUUUGAAGGUCUUAAGCAUGUAGUAUCGUAACAUUUAUUUUCUACCGGUCUUUUCAAUCCACGGCUUCUUAAUCUUUAUGAUGUUUUACGAUAUAACCAAUACAAUACCAAUAUUUGCUUUUCAAUAUAUAACAUUAUUAUCUCAAGAAACUAUAGACACCCGUGUAAAAAUAGAAUCGGGCGUAUCCUAAUCCGCUGCUUAUAUGGGAGCAUAGCACUAGGUUUUAAUAUUAGUUUCUAGGAUGCGUCAAAAAUUGAAACACCAAAACUAUUAUCUCGCCAUCAUCAAUGUUAAAAUCUUUAAAAGCAUGAUAUACCUACAUAUUUUGGAGAAUUGAGUCGUGUUUAAAGGCAACCUCACACUUCGGGAAUCUGGUUCACUUAAUUUUGGUCGCAUAAAUUUCCUAAAGGCUUUUGACCCAGAAUUUGAAGUAAAUUGAGACCAAUUUUUUUUCAUGAAUCCCACCUCUUUGGGAAUACAUGGAAACAAAAUCCAUGAGUGUGAGGCUGCCUUUAGGUUUACCUACGACCACCUGAAACUGAACAGUAUAGCUAGAAUAAAGUCUCAAUCGACUAACAAAUAACUGCUCAUGGGUAUUAUGAAGUUGUACAGCAAAGGCCAUGAACAGAGCAGGUGAUCCUCGUUGGUCUUUGUGACGGAAUUGCAGAUACUUAACUAACUAUUACAUAAUGCUACUAGUUUUAGUUCAGUUGACCGCACAAAUGGAUUCCAAAUCUAUUGGAAAAUAAAAGCAAACAACGGCCAUCUAAAAUAAAGUUAACUGGAAGAAAAAAUAUUAGAUAGCUUGUAACAGAAAAACACAGACAAAAAAUCACCCAGAUCAUUAAAACAAAUGGUUUGUUACAUAGUAAUUAUUGCUCCCAACGUGCGGUUAGAAACAGCAGGGUGCAAUUUUACCCAGUAUCAGGAAAAGGAUUGCAGCACACGGCUACAUAAAAGCAAAUAAAAAAACGUUCAACACGUUUUUUAUAGAACAAAAAAUAAUGGCAGUGCAUCAAAGAGAGUAAUUGAAAUAUUUUAUAUUUUUCGUCGCUUACCAAAAUAUUCGUUUAAUACAAUAAACGACUUGAAAUGAUUGUAAUUUUAUUUUUCUGCGUUCUAACAGUAAUGUACAUGUUGAAGUUUUGUUAAGAACAUUUGUAAUAUAGUUAUUCUACCAUUA